CUCUCUCUCUCUCUCUCUCUCUCUCUCUCUCAUGGCAAGCUCUAGCUUCUUCUACUAUCUUUUUCUCUUCUUCUUCUUCUUGCUUGCAGACUGUUUGGUUUUAAGUGAAGGUGUAGAAGGGAAAGAGAAAGAGCUGGUUCCUGCAUUCUUUAUAUUCGGAGACUCUCUCAUCGACAACGGCAACAACAACAACCUGCCUUCACUUGCCAAGGCCAAUUACUACCCGUACGGCAUCGAUUUUUCUGAUGGACCCACUGGCAGAUUCUCUAAUGGUUACACCAUGGUCGAUGAAAUAGCUGAGCUCCUGGGACUUCCAUUGAUUCCGGCGUAUUCAGAGACAUCAGGAGAGAAUACGCUUCAUGGUGUCAACUACGCAUCUGCCGCCGCUGGAAUCUUGGACAUCACUGGCAGAAACUUCGUGGGCCGCAUACCCUUCAACCAGCAGAUCCGGAACUUUGAGAUGACGCUCAAUCAGAUCACCAAUAGGAUUGGAGCUGAUGAGGUUGGACAGUCAAUCGGACGGUGCAUAUUCUUCAUCGGCAUGGGCAGCAAUGACUACCUUAAUAACUACAUGAUGCCUAACUACGUUACCCGAAAUCAAUACAAUGGCCCACAGUUCGCUAACCUCUUGAUCCAGCAGUACACACGUCAGCUGACGAGCCUUUAUAAUCUUGGAGCCCGGAAAUUCGCAAUAUCAGGAGUUGGAAUGUUGGGUUGUACUCCCAACAUACUGGCGCAAAUACCCUUCAGCCGUUGCUCUGAUGCUGUUAAUAAGCUGGUUCAACCCUUCAACAACAACAUCAAGACCAUGGUCAACAAUCUCAACCGCAAACUGCCCGGGGCCAAGUUCGUAUACGUGGACGUCUACCGUAUGUUCCAGGACAUCCUCAGUAAUCCAAAACAAUAUGGAUUUAGCACGAUCGAUCGCGGGUGCUGUGGGAUCGGGCGUAACAGAGGUCAAAUCACUUGCCUUCCCUUACAAACGCCAUGCCUAAACAGAGAUCAGUACGUGUGGUGGGAUGCAUUCCACCCAACAGAGGCUGUGAAUGUGAUCUUGGGAAGUAGGGCUUUCAGUGGAAAUUCCAAUGUGGUACACCCCAUUAACAUACAGCAGCUUGCAAACCUGUGACUACACCUCUCAUCCAUUUAUGCACUGAACCAAAAUUCAUUGUGGCUGUUUUUCUUAGUUUGAGUUUCCUUUCAGACAGUGUAUCGGUGUUCGAUGUUCUCCUUUAAUGCAUUUUGGUUGUGGUUA